AUGGAUAAUUUGGACUUUAUCCUGCUCGCAGAGAAGAGCCAGAACUUUUUGACUUUCACAAGAGACUUUUGUGUUCUUGCAGUCACCAGCCCCCUCGACGACGAAACCCUGAAAAAUCUGUUCUGGAUCGGGGCCAACUUCCAUCAGCGCAUCGAUCUCCCAGACACCUCUAACCUGAACUGGAAGGAGGCCAUCAUCAGGUGUCUGGAAAGCGUCGCAACCCGAUCCAGAACCCAGCCAGACCCAGAGCCCGGAUUGCAACCCUCGACCGCGGAGAACUCGUGCGUGCCCCCCGCAGACGGAGAGCUACCACCCGCCGCGACGCACCAGCCAGAGCCCGAGAUUAAGAGGACAGAGCUGACCCUCGCCCCGGAGGAGGAGCUCCAACAGGAGUCUGACCAGGGGUGUGAGCCCACGACAUCUGAGGACGAGGGCACGCAAUCCACGGAUUAUGAGGACUGGCUGAAGGACUCUUCUGAGGAGACACCGGUUCCCACCCUAUCCCACCCGUCAUCUGCACCAUCAUCCUCAGACCCUUCCAGUGACUGUGUCUACCCUGUCGUCAACCUGUCAGAUUCCACUGCUCCACUACACUCAGCCAGUUCUCCAGCCCCGACGCUGCUAGAUGUUCACUGCCCUACAUCGUCUCUGGGGAGGCCCCCUGACUUUGAGAUGCAGGUCAGCCCACCAUCCGCAGCACCCAGGCAUGAGGAUCUCGUGGCUCCGCCUCCAGCCUCAGUCCUCUGCACUCCUUCUCGGCCUGUCGACCUGCCGGCUCUGUCUUGGCUCCUCCCACCUACGCCUCCACCAGAGACCCUCGAACCAUCGGCUGCAGCGGGUUCCCUCGUCCUGCCGGCUCCCCCUUGGUCAGUCGUCACUCUGUCUUCGCCACGGACUUACGGUCUGUCCGCUACGCUCCGUCCCUCCACCCCUUCUGCUACAGCGGGCUCCUCCUUCUCCUCGGCGUCACCUCUGUCCUCCGUCACUCCACCUCCGCCUCUGCUCUCGGGUACUCUGGCUCCACCUCCUGUACUCGUCGCCGCGAUGUCGCCUGGGUCUCCAAGACCAGGGUCAUCGUUGGAGUCCACCGGCUCUCCGGCUGCGCCGAUGGAUCCUGCCACCAUGUCUCCGUCGGUCAUCCCCCAGCUACCAUCAGCCUCUUCUCCACCUGGUCUCUUCCAUCCGUCUACUCUGCCGUGGGCUGUCGGUUGUCUCGCGGCUCGCCUUCGCACCAGUAAACACAUCAUCAGAGAAGAGAUGUAG